AUGUUACGUCCCGAGUCGCAUGAUGAGAACUUCAGAGAGCUCCCAGCCAUGGUGACGAAGAUUCUGUCCAAUGGAACGCAUCUUGACAUCAGGGAACAGUACUUCGUAUCGAAAGACUCUCGCAUACCCAAUCCUGUCUUUGGAGAGCAUAACUACGGAGCUCUUCAUGGCUACAUACGCAAUAAAAGCUUUCACAAGGUCACAAUGUGUGACGCAUAUGCGCACUACGACUUCCUCAGUGAAGACUUGAACUUGAAGCCGGAAUAUCUCGAGAGCCUGGAACUGACAAAGAUUUCUUACUCCGAACACUUCGAUGAGCGUGGUUGGUUAUGUACCUCACUCGCGUUUCUUCGACACUUGAAGACUUUCGUCAGACUAGAUACUCUCAUUCUCGAAAAGAUCCCGGGAGAUGGUUCGCGUGACAUUCAGAAGAAGAGGGUAGAAUGGAGCGGUCAAGAAGAGAUCCAAGGACACCUAGAUGAUCUGAUCGCGAUGGGAAAUUACGAAUACAUGUGA